GGAUAGAAUCAAACGAAUCAAGGAAUAGAAUCAAGGACGUACCGAUUCCAAAUGACCUGAGACGUAUGACCAAGCGAAGGAACGAUGUUGAUGGUGAAGGUGGAGCGUUUGAACGUGAUGUGAAUGUGAUGAUGGUAAAACAUAAAAACAAGAUCAGUGAUGUUGAUAAAAGAAGAGAAAAACACGAAUGGAAAAAUAAGAAUUUACCUGAUUUAGAAAUAAGCGAUCAAACUGUGAUGGAUCAAGAUGCUGGGUGA